GUGGCAUUUCUAGUAGGACAAAGUUACCAAGUAUAAACAUUCCAAGUUUUUCAGGUAAAUACUCGGAAUACGUAACGUUCAUUGAGAUUUUCAAGUCAGUCAUUCAUAAUGACAAAUCCCUAGACAAUGUACAGAAAUUAUACUACCUGCGAUCUUACCUUCAGGGUGAACCUUUCGACUUAGUAAAAAAUUUACCACUCAACUCAGCAAGUUACGAGGAAGCCAUGCAGUUGUUAAGCAAAAGGUUUUACAACAAAUAUCAGAUAGUAAACGAGCAUGUUAACACCCUGUUAGACUUGGAAAAGUUGCCCAAGUAUGCAGGCGCUAACGAUUUAAGGACUUUUGUUUCAGUAGUGAACCAGACUAUGAGCGCUCUCACCAAUCUACAGGUGAAUGUCGAUGACAAAGACCCGUUUUUACUGGGUAUUCUGCAGCGUAAGUUAGACACAUACAGCUGGAGGUCAUAUCAGCUGGAGAGAAACCUGGAGAAUGACCCAACAGUUCAAGAUUUCCUCUCCUAUCUGGAGAGGCGAGCUCUUGCUUUGGAGAACACCGAUCACAGCGAGACAGCCACAUCUGGGAAACGGCAGCCGGCAAGCUUAACAAAGAGUAAGGUUACUCUGGCAACAACAACCAAUUCUACAAUGGAGUGCUUAUACUGUGUUGCUGCAGCUUGAGGAGGCCCAACGCUCGCCUUCAACCAACCAUCAGCUACCAUCUUCAUCUCCAAGCAUCAUAAACACUAAGUUUGGCCAUGUCAUUGCCGGAGCAUUAACAGAUACCAUUAUAAAGGAUCAGGUUGUAUCUCUUUUUUGUGCUAAAUGUGAAUCAGAUGUAAGUGACAAUAUAAAAAAGCUUUGGGAAGUGGAGAGUGUUCCGGAGUUACUAAAAGAGCGGGAUUCAGAGCAAGAGUUGGCAGAAAAAUUAUUUGUAAGCUCAGUAAAGCUUGAAAAUAACAAGUUUACUGUUGACUUACCUUUGAAAAUAGAAACCGGCAACAUUAAUGA